UACUUUGCAUAAUCUAUAUUUAAUUACAUCCCACUUGAAAUUAGAAUGUGACCUUUUCCGCUCAUAUAAGGGCAUGCAAGAUUUGGUUUUAGUCAAUGCCCAAAAUGGUGACCAUCACAAGAGUAUGCCAAUGGUUGUGCUUAAUACUAUUCAUAGUCUCGAAAACAGAAUGUUCAGAUGACGUUGAAAUGACUUACAUGCAAAGUGCUAUUGCCAAAGGAGCUGUUUGUCUAGAUGGAAGCCCACCAGCAUACCAGUUUGAUAAAGGAUUCGGAGAAGGUGUUGACAAGUGGUUAAUUCACAUACAGGGGGGAGGAUGGUGUGAGUCGACAAAAAGUUGUCUUUUACGUGUCAACAAGAGCAAUGGAGUGGGUUCAUCAAAACUUAUGCAAAAAUUUAAUUUCACAGGAGUUUUCAGUAGUAAGCAAGAGUUUAAUCCAGGUUUCUACAACUGGAAUAGAGUCAUCAUGAGGUAUUGUGAUGGAGCAUCAUUUACAGGGGACGUCGAAAAAGUUGACCCUGCUACUAAUCUUCAUUAUAGAGGUGCAAGGAUCUUCAAUGUUAUAUUGGAUGAACUACUAGCAAAAGGACUCAAUAAAGCAUCCAGUGCGCUGCUAACUGGUUGUUCAUCUGGUGGGUUAGCUGCCAUAUUAUAUUGUGAUAAGUUUCGAGCCAGGUUGCCAACAACUAGUCGAGUAAAAUGUGUUCCAGAUGCGGGUUUUUUCGUUCAUGUGAAAGACAUAUCUGGAAAAUACCACUUUGAAAAGUUCUUCACCAAGAUCGUUAAACUACAUAAUUCAGAGAUAAAUUUGCCCUCCUCAUGUACUUCAAAGAUGAAACCUGGUUUGUGCUACUACCCACAGUUCAUUUUGCCAGAAAUCAAGACACCCGUUUUUGUCAUAAACUCGGCAUACGAUUCAUAUCAGAUACAAAACAUCUUAGCCCCAAAGAAGGCUGAUAACCACGAUUCAUGGUCAGCAUGCAAGUCGAAUAUAUCGAAUUGUUCCCCUAUCCAACUCAAAAGAUUGCAAGAUUUUAGGUCAGAUUUCAUAAAGACAUUGAGAGCAGGACAGGGUAAAUCCAAAUUCAACUCCACCUCAAGAGGAAUGUUCAUUAAUUCUUGUUAUUCCCACUGCCAAACAGGGAAUCAGAUUAAUUGGCUUGGAGAUCCUGCUUCAAAGCUUGAUAACAAGGCUAUUGCUGAGGUAGUCAGUGACUGGUUUUAUGAAAGAAACACAACUCAGUUGAUUGACCGCCAACAUAAAUUGCCACAACAGUGUUGAUUUCUUCGCAUAUGUCAAUCAUAACAUAUGAUUUUGAGGAUGCAGAAUAAUGUUCUUGUGUUACCUAGAACUAUAUCAUCUAUCAUAUAAUAUUCAUACAAAAACAUGUAAUUUUAAGAUAUGCAGAAUUAUUGAUUUAUUU